AUGGACAUGUAUUUCCAAGAGUUGAAUAUUACUGGGUUUUGGGCUGAGGCGAAGCAGUCUGGAGGGUACCGUUUUGACGUAUUGCAUCGUGCUUCGAGUACUCCCAAUUGGAUUGCUCUUGGCAAGGUCGAGGUGAAAGUCGUCAAUGGACGCACGAGCAAUGGCAUGGAUUACUUGAACUUCUACGUGAAGCACUUGGGGCGAACAGGGUUCGAGAUCGGAGGUCUCCUGGGAGACGACGACCACACGGACGCGAGCACUCUCCCCGAGGGCUGCCGCCACCCCGUGGCUCUCUGGUCCGGGAGCCAGGGCCCGCACGGCCGCAGCCCCCACGAGCUCUCGGUUGCAUCAGCGAGCUGGGGCUGA